UUUUCAUUCACAUUGCAGAGCAGCCACUGGGACGCAUUCUAUAAAUUCUACCGCAACACUACUGAUAAUCACUGGGGCAGACCAUACUUGACAAGAGAAUUCUUUCAUCUCUUAGGAGAAAAGAUGGGGGACAAUGUGAUGCUUAUUGUUGCUGAAAAUGACGAUAAACUUGUUGCUGGUGCUCUUAACCUUAUUGGAGGCAAUACACUGUUUGGUCGACUAUGGGGAUGCCUUCCAAAUGCUUAUUUUCCCAACUUGCAUUUUGAAGCUUGUUAUUAUCAAGCAAUUGAAGCAGCCAUAGAAUUAAACCUGAGUAAGGUGGAGGCAGGUGCUCAAGGAGAGCACAAGAUCCAGCGUGGUUAUCUCCCAGUGACAACUUACAGCUGCCACUACUUCUCAGAUCCUGGUUUUGGGAAAGCUAUUGGAAAUUUUCUUGCAAAUGAGACAGCUCAGGUUAAGCAUGUUAUUAAGGUCUUACAUGAUUCUGGUCCAUACAAGGAUGACAUAUUGAAAGAAUUUGCACCUGAACAAGAGGAUAACAAGUAGAACAUUGAAAGGACUAGCUGCUCUGCACACUGUAUCAUAGAACUAGAAUCUUAUGCAGCGAUAGGAAAAUAGGAAUAGUGGAUGAUCCCAUUCAUACGUCUCUACAAGGAGCUGAUAUUGUUGGUCAAAGAUCCCCACAUCUGAACAUUGCUUGGAAUGUAAAUAUUUGAGAUUUAAAUCUGAAAUCAUUGUAUCUG